AUAAGGCAUCUCCACGGAGAACUGGGCUAACUGAGCUGAGAGGGUCUAGGAGGCCCAGGAGCCACAGGAAAUACGAAAAUCGAAAAAAACGAUUUUAGAAUAUUCCCAGGGCCUUAGAAAAAUCGCGAAUGGGCUUCCCCGAAUGGCAUGCCACGUACUCCGUGGUGAUCCCUUACCAACAGACACGUUCACCAUCGUACUUCAUGCGCCACCGCUGCGAAAUAUCGCGGGUGGACCCACUUCAGAAGCCUCACCAAUCUCCCCUAUAAUCUCUGGACCUGACACUUUAUCAUUAUUUAUUUUCAACAAUACUUUACACAGCAGCGGUGUAUGCACUCGUGGACGUAAAUUAACGACACGUUAGGAUCAAUAGGCGUUUAUUCUUACCUCCAGACAAACCAUUUAUUCUGACACUUGUCAACGAGCAACAGCAGGUGUUUGAGGAUCUCUACAAAGGACUGGAGCACUUCUCAACGAGUUAAUAAUCAUUCAAGAAUCCUCAAGAUGGCUCAAACCCAUGCUACAGGGAUCACCAUGAAGUCAUGGGGGACAGUUGCUGGGAAAGAAGUUAAAAUGUUCACCCUGAAGAAUCACAACCAUCAAGAAGUUGAUAUUCUCAAUUAUGGUGCUACUAUCAGAGCUGUUCGUACUCCUGAUAAGAAUGGCAAGGUUGUGGACGUUGUCCUGGGAUUCGAUAACAUCGAAGGAUAUCUUCAGAAGGACAACCCCUACUUCGGAGCGACUGUCGGGAGAGUCGCCAAUCGCAUUGCCAAAGGGACAUUUCAAUUGAAUGGUCUCGAGAUAAAUGUCUCCAAAAAUAUACCCCCCAACACCCUCCAUGGAGGUUUCAAAGGUUGGAAUUCAAAGAUUUGGGAAUCAACAAUUCGUGGGGAUGAAUUGGUCAUGACCCUUCUGAGUGAAGAUGGUGACGAGGGCUUUCCAGGGGCAGUUAUUGCUACAACUAUUUUCAGGCUCAAGAACGAUGGGACUCUGUCUAUUGUUAUGAAAGCUUGUGAUACCAAAGCUACACCAAUUAAUCUGACGAAUCACAGUUACUUUAAUCUGGCUGGACACGCAACGAAUGCCUCUGAACUCUACAAACACUCAAUUAUGCUCAACGCCGAUCGCUGGACAGUGACAGACACCGAUAGCAUUCCAACCGGUGAAAUAAGACCCGUCGCCGACAGUAUUAUGGACCUCCGAAGUCCUAAGAUACUGGGUGACGUAAUUAAUAAGGUCCCCGGAGGUGGCUACGAUUAUAAUUUCUGUAUUGUGAAUGGGGAAAAAAAUCGAGACAAUAAACUAGUCGCUAAAGUCAUCCAUCCACCUUCAGGGAGGACUCUCGAGGUAUAUGCCAAUCAGCCAGGUGUUCAAUUGUACACAGCCAACUUUUUACCAGACACCAACGCGACUGGAAUUUCAGGAAAGGAGGGGAAGAGCUACUUCAAACACGGAGCUUUCUGCCUGGAGACACAGAAUUAUCCUGACGCUGUUAACCACGUAAAUUUUCCUGAUAGCAUUAUCAAACCUGGUGACUUGUACUAUCACACUGUUGAAUAUAAAUUCGGUGUACAAGCGUAAUUGAAAAGCACAAUUAUCGAUUAACUGCGUUCUGAAUGGACCAAUAUAUGACGCAAGGUAAUGUAUCAGUUAGAAAUUAUCAGGAGCCGACCAAAUUAUGAUUUUUGAUUUAUCAUGAAGUUGGAUAGAUUAAUGGGGAAUCAAAUGAUAAACUCGAUUGAAUAAUUCAUUUUAAUAUUCUAUAGCUGCAGACAUGAUCCAAUGGCUGUGCAAUUUAAUGUGCAAUUUGUUACUCAAUAAAAGAAAAUAAUUUUGAAUAAAA